GACGCGUAAAUUCGUAAAUAAGAUGGAAUUCCAAGCUAUAAUUAUGGCUGCUGGCACUGGCUCAAGGAUGAGGGAAAUAACAUCAGCUCAUCCAAAGUGCUUACUGCCUAUUGGAAAUAUUCCACUGAUCCUUUGCUCUCUAAAUGUUUUAAAAAGAACUGGUUUCUCUGAAGUAAUUGUGUUAAUCCGAGAAAAUGAGAAAGCUAAAAUCCAGAAUGCCAUUGAAGGUAAAUUAGAUAUAAAAUUAGAUAUUGUGACCAUACCUAAAAAUGAAGAUUGGGGUACUGCUGAUAGUUUGCGUCACAUAAAAGAUAAAAUCAAACAAGAUGUAUUAGUGAUAAGUUGCGACAUUGUGACAAACUUCAAUAUUCAAAAUAUAUUAAUGUUACACAGAAGCCAAGGUUCAUCUUUAACAGUACUACUUGUGCCUUUUCCUAAAGCUUUAAGAGAAAUUGAUAUGCCAGGCUCUAAAAAGAAAUGUAAAUUUGAACGAGAUAUCAUUGGCAUCGAUUCCAGUGGAAGACUUACAUUUCUCAAUUCAGAAGCAGAUUUUGAAGAAGGUGUGCCACUUAAGCUAAGCACUUUAAAACAGAAUUCAUUAGUUACUGUUUAUAGCAACCUCAUGGAUACUCAUUUGUAUGUAAUAAAAAAAGAUUUAAUUAGCUUCAUUGUAAAUAAUGAGCACUUAUCAACACUUAAAGGUGAAUUUUUACCAGCUGCUGUUAAAAAGCAAUUUACAUUUAGAAGACAAAGCCAGAAAACAGAACCUGUUGAUGCAUCUUUAGGAUCAUCUAUUUUAAAUAAAGACUGGAUUGAUUUAAAGCAACUUGCCUUAGAUAUGUCUUCAUGGAAAGACCCUUCUAUUUAUUUAAGACCAGCCAUAGAAGAGGAGCUUAAAUGUUUUGCUUAUGUUGAAAAAGAAUCAUUUUGUUCUCGAGUUAAUAAUCUAGUGGCAUAUAUUGACACCAACAGAAAAAUUUCAAAACACUUUUCUGUUGUCACUGGGAUGCAACCAAAAUUAAAUCAGUAUCAAAAAUCGCAGGUUGAUGCAGACAGCAUAAUAGGAGAUAAUUGCGAAUUGCAAGCAAAAUCUACGGUUAAACAAUCUGUAAUUGGUAAUAACUGCAAAUUAAGCGAAAAAGCCAAAGUUUCUAAUUCUGUAGUUAUGGAUAAUGUUCAGUUUGGUAAAGAUUGCAUAAUUCAAGGAAGUAUUAUAUGUUCUAAUGUAAAAGUAGAAGAUGGCUGCAGUUUAAAAAACUGCAUCGUUGGCCCUGAUCAAAUCAUUAAAGAAUCAUCUAAACUAAACAGUGAAAGCUUACAAGGUUCUGAUCAACUCAUGGAAAUAUAAAAUUUUGAACAAAUGGUUUUCGCAUUUUAUAAAAAUUUAUUAUUAUGAAUAAAUUUUAUUACUAUAAAAGUUA